GUCAGCAGUUGUCCAGCUUCAGAGUUUGUUUAAUUGUUGAGCUCUCUGAAUGUUUGCGUUACAGGUGCGCUGGAAAGUUCAGAGAACAAGAGACAACCGAUCUGAGAUGAUUCUAGAGCUCUGCUGCAGACUGGAGCACACUCGCAACCAACUGGACAAGGGUGGGAAUCACAAUAAAGUUACAGUUUACAAUAGAUCACCCUCAGCGUAAUCUGUCAAAGAAUGAUCAGACAUCAGGAAUCCCCUAAAAGACGUGAUGCAAAGCAUGCACUGAACAUUUAAAAUACAAAGAUAAUCUCAUCUCAUCUUCAGUUCAUGAUGAACACCACAUCAUUCGCACUGAAUCUCUCCAGUGUUAUUAACGGGACAGAUGUGGCGGUCUCUGGUGUGGUCACCUGGAGGACGGCCAUGAUCACUCUCAUAACCGUCCCCCUCUCCAUCAUCACCAUCAUAGGCAACGUCCUGGUCAUGAUCUCUUUUCGGCUCAACCCGCUUUUGAGGACAGUGAGCAACUACUUCCUCCUAAGCUUGGCCGUAGCCGACUUAUUUUUAGGCGCCAUCUCGAUGAACCUCUACACUACCUACAUUCUGAUGGGUCAGUGGUCUUUAGGAAAUUUAGCCUGUGAUAUGUGGCUGGCUUUGGAUUACGUGGCCAGCAACGCCUCUGUUAUGAACCUGCUGGCCAUCAGUGUGGACCGCUACCUCUCCGUCAUGCGACCUCUGACCUACCGGGCCACUAGAACGCCCAAAAGAGCCGCGGUGCUGAUUACUCUAGCGUGGUCCGUCUCGUUUGUGCUUUGGGCUCCAGCCAUUUUGUUCUGGCAGUAUAUAGUGGGUGAACGGACUGUUCCAGAAGGAGAGUGUUCAAUCCAGUUCCUGUCUCAGCCUGUGAUCACUUUUGGAACGGCCAUCGCAGCGUUUUACUUGCCGGUGAGCGUGAUGGUGACGUUGUACUGGCGGGUGUACCGUGAGACAGAGAAACGCUCGCAGCAGCUCGCUGGACUCAUCGCUUCACAGGGAGGACGCACGGGAAACACAUCUCAGAAUUCUAGCCACAGCAAUUCUCGCAGCGUUGAAGACAUCAGACCACAAACAGACCUGAACCCGCACAGGAAGGCACACAGGACCAUCUGUCCAAUCAUCACCCACCGAACAGCAGCGUGGUGGAAGAAACGAAAGGACAGAGACGAGACGCCCAACUCAUACACCACAUACAGCCAUCCACAGAUGGACGACAAUGACAAAUACAUUCCACUCGUUCGGAUGGAUAAAACCGCAGUCAAUAAUCUCAACAAUAACCGUAAUGCCACCAAGAGGAGCUGCGAGUCAGAAAGUCAGAAUUCGCUCGAUUCUCUUAAAACUACGAAUGCCGUGCAAACUCCGACUCGAUCGGCGAGCACCGGCCAACAGGGCCGCAAAGCCCGGACCUCGGGUCUGAUCAGGGAGAAGAAAGCGGCCCGGACCCUCAGUGCCAUUCUCCUGGCGUUCAUCGUAACAUGGACGCCCUACAACAUCAUGGUCCUGGUGUCCACUUUCUGCGACGACUGCGUUCCCGAGGGCCUGUGGCAGCUGGGAUACUGGCUCUGCUACGUCAACAGCACCGUCAACCCCGUCUGCUACGCGCUCUGUAACAAGCACUUCCGGGUCACGUUCAGGGCGCUGCUGCUCUGUAAGUGGAAGGAGCAUAAGAAGGGGAUCAGAUGGACCCCGACCGGAAAUGGCUGAUUGCAUCAUGACGUUUGCUGGAGUUGGGUUUUCUCUUUGUGAUAUCAGUGAAUCAGCACUGGUUGACAAAUGCUGAUCUUUACGCUGAUGCCAAAGAGCAUGUAAGCUUGAAAAGAUCCUAGGGAUAAAAGUUAAUCAUCAGAUGAAUGAAGUUCAGACUAUCUGUUUUUGAAAUUACGUCUUGGUAGGAAAUGUAGCAGUUUUUAAAUUUGAAAAUCUGCCUUACUUGACACAUUCAAAGUACACAAUGUAGCAUCUAAGUACGGUAUGUUUUUCAAGCAUAAACUCUUUUAUCACUGUUCGGUCAUUUUUGACUGAAAAAAUGUAGGUUUUUUUACUUUAUCAGAAUGGUAUGAAACUUGGCAAAGGUUUUGGCACUUGCUUUUAAAGAAAAAAAAAAAAAAAAAAAACAUGGUCAUGAUUCAGAAAGGUUACAUUUUCCUGAAGAAAAUAGUCAUGAAAGAUCAGAAAUGGCUGCAUCGGAAAUGAUUAGGAAGCUAAUUUCACCUAGUGGAAAAGUUUGGUAUUGCGCCCAAACAAAAUCUUACUGAAAGCUAAUUUUUUUUUCGAUAUCAACUUUAAAUUUGGAGCACAACUUGUUUAGAUUUAUAGCUUUGAUUUUUUUUUUUUUUUGGUAGGUUUAGAGUAAAACAUGUUUUGGAAAAUAUAUAUUUCAUACACAAUUUUUAAAAUAGUAUUUUAGUAUUUUUGUGCAUUUUUAGCAUUAUUAAACUUAUAUAGCUUUUUACUCUACAAACAUACAACUUUGUUUACAUUUGUGUGUUGCUAGGCAACCCCUUUGUUGCAACCACAACUGUUUCUGAGGAACUACAUUGUUUGGCGGAAGAAUAAUGGCGGAAAACCUUACUACAUAUAUGGAAUAACCGUUUUAUAAAAGCAAUAAGCCAUGUGAAGCUGUGGUUUACAGUUUUACCAAACAACGCCCCUUAGUUGUUAUAAAUUUACUGUAAUCCAUGGCUUCACAGGGCUUAUUGCUUUACUUCAGGAAUAUGCUCAAAAUAUGAUUAAUAAAUGGAAAUGGAUCAUAAAUAUAAUUUAGUAGCAUAAAAUCCACUAAAAGACAAAAUAUUAAAUAAAAAAUCUAAAUAAGACAUAGUACAUUCAUUUCAGUGAAAAAAAUAAAAAUAAAAUAAAUAUAAAUAAUAAAUUGUCAUCUUAGAAUUAUAAGGUUGUAUCUGCAUUUUGAGCACUUUUGAGAUAUUGAGCUUCAAAGUUUUUGCGUUCCAUAGAGUUCUGUAGAUAGGACCAUUUUUGUUUUCUAAAAAAGGCCCAAAAGCUUACAAAAGAAACAUCACAAUGUAAAUAAGUUGUCAACGAAUAAGAAUAUGUGAAUAACUCAAUUUUGACAAAAAUGUCAGAUAGAACCUUGCAAUUCUAAGGUGACGAAAUAUAAACUUUGUACUAGAUCUGUAGAUAUGAAAUUAAUAGUGACAUAGAGUGAAACUUGUGCUAAAAUAUAAUUUGUCAUGCCGCAGAAUAUAAGCUCGUAGAUUAUAUUAUAUAAAUUUUAAUGUAAAGUCUUGAUGUUAAAACCGAUGCUAUUAUUAUUUUUUUUCCCUAAAUCACUUAUGCCUAUUAUUUCACGCAUGUUUUACUGGGUCUCAGAGUUAUAGUGCUAUCACACAUGAGAUUUGAUUGCUUUUUAAAACCUGCUGACUUUAUUAUUAUUUUUUUUUAGGUCUGUUCCUCACAAGACUUGAAAUAUAGCACAUAAGUCAGUAGUGUGACAUUCAAAACUUAAUGUUAACUCUUAUGUUGUAUUCUGGUCAUUUAGACCCAAAGAGGAUUUUCUUUACCCCAAAAAUGCUAGUUAUUAUGGAAGCCUAUUUAUGCCACAUAAUAAAAAAUGUGAGUUUACAUCCCACAAUUCUGACUUUUUCCCCUUACAACACAAACUUCUAAUAAUUGAGAGGUAUAAAACUCUCUAUUCCUCAGAAUUGCAAGUUUAAAAUCACACAGUUCUGACUUUGUAACUGGCAAUUGCAAGAUCUCAUAAUUCUCACUUUAAUAUACGUUUCUAUCAUGCAAGUUUGAAUUCUUAAAGUCGGUAUUGCAUGAAAAACAUGAGAAUUGUGAGAUAAAAAGUUGCAAUUACCUAUUUAAAAAUUUUAUUCAGUGGCGGAACAGGCUUCCAUAAGUUAAUGUUAAUGUUAUCACACUGGAAUAAAGCUAACAUUGUGCAAAAGUGUGACCGUUUUUUAAUUUUAAUCAAAACUGUUGAUGUUAAAAAAUAGUUUCUUAUACAUAUUAUUUCAUGUUAAUGUUUUGCUGCUUCUUUAUGGAUCUCAGGGCUGUAGUACUACAUUUUAGCGCAAUCUUUUAAUUUUUUAAACCAGUCAUAAAAAUGUUUUUUUUGCACGUAUGUGACCAUGGACCACAAAAUCAGUCAUAAGGGUCAUUUUGUCAAAAUUGAGAUUUAUACAUCACCUGAAAGCUGACUAUAUAAGCUGAUGUAUGGUUUGUUAUGAUAGGGCAAUAUUUGGCCGAGAUACGACUAUUUAAAAAUCAGGAUUUCUGAGGGUGCAAAAAAAUCUAAAUAUUGAGAAAAUUGCCUUUAAAGUUCUUCAAAUAAUGUUCUUAACAAUGUAUAUGACUAAUCAAAAAUUAAGUUUUCAUACAUUUACAGUAGGUAAGACUUAAGACUGGUUUUGUGGUCCAGGGUCACAUAUGUCCAUAUACAAACUUAUGGGUCACUAAAUCAGUUUUGUGCCAUUUUUGGAGAUUAAUAGACUUCUGUAUUCAGCAGGUUUGGGAAUCAAUUCCAAAAAUAAUUGAUUCUAAGACUUUGGGAAUUGAGAAUCAAUUCCAUCAAAGGCAAAUCUUCUUUAAUCACCUUUUGAGUUCAACAAAGAUAAUCAUUAAUUUGCUUCUUGGCCUCUAAUAUUGACAAAGAAGUCUGAUUCAUCUCCAUAAUAGUGCUGUGGUAAAUUUCAGCGCAUAGGCUUUAUUUACUGCUGGUAGUGUUCAUAAAAAAAAAACAAAAUUAAGAUGAAUUUCUCUGUUACAUGUAUGUUUAUUAUGGAAAGGCCAAUAUGAAAAAUGUAAAUAAAAAAGACAGAAAAAUACAGCAUUUACAUUCAAUACCAAAUACAAA